AUGGCGCGCACGUGUAAUCGCAGGGGUUGCGGCAGGCAAGUUAGCCAUGCAAGGUUCAGGCUUGGACUGUAUACUUGCGCCGUUCAUGGACGGAUGCUGGCCUUGGGGCGCCCUACUUCCCGUACGCCUCUGCGACACAUUUGCUCGCACGCACGUUGUUCCUGCCGCCUCAGCAAUGAGCGGCGGGAGCUGGGCGUGAAAACAUGUUGGCGCCAUGGUGGCCCCAUACCAGGGAGGGUGUCCACUGCUUUAGCCCGGCGACUGGCAGUUUUGGAGGACUUUGCUGGUCACUUGACUGACCCGGCGCCACCUUCUCUGCACGUGGCCCCAUGGGGGCCUCUGCCCCGUGACAGGCCUGAACUGGAGCAGCUCCUCAAUGUGCUUGUGCUCCGGCGCACAGGCUUAUCUUCCUCAGUCUUGGGCUGGCUCACGGAAUGGCAGCCGGAGCGCCUCUUGAACCUUCUCUGCAAGCACGCCAUGAGAGGAUGGACGCAACUUCCUCUCCCGCAUUGCGCAGCCCACCGCAAUGCCUUCAGCAAAGCUGCAGUUGCAAAGGACAAGGCUGCAAUUCAUACUCAGUUGUCCGCAGCAAUCAUCGAUCCUAUCGGCGCUCUAUGGAAGAAACGGGAGCUCGUAAUGCAGCUGGUGAACGGCCCAACUUGGUUCCCUAUCUUGGUACUGAUUGCCGGCACGUAUGGCCAUGGCUAUUUCUGGGCAAGUGUGAUUGCUUUUGAUCUUCGCACCCAACGGAUUGCUACGGCUUUCCCUAGAGAUAGAAUGACCUUUUGUGGGUUCGGACCUGGCGGGCUUCGAGGGCUUAAUAGAGUCCUUAGGCGGCCUCCCUACGCGCCCAUUGAGCCCGCAGUAGCUUUGGCGUGGGCUCACUAUCUGUCCGCUGCCGUACGGUGGCCCAUUCCUAAGCCCGAAGCAUAUCUGGUUCAGUGGUUCCUUUGUGAAUACUCCCAGGCCCCUGCAGCCCUGGACUUUGCAGGUUAA